AUGGAUGUGUACUAUAGGAAGCUGAUGGGCAAUGGAACUGUUACUAGCAAAUUCAGACUAGGCACAUCUGCUAGUAAUCCCCGGAGCCCCUCAGGUACUCCGUCUUUAUCUCAGAAAGGGAGAAAUGAAAAGACAUCAGUCGAAUCGUAUGUUGAAGUCUUGCCUCAGAAGAACUCUGUCGAGUCACCGAGUACACACCACCCAAAUAAUUGCGUACGAUGUUAUCGUUUAAAGAAGAAAUGCUCACGAUCCUAUCCCAGAUGCUUGAAUUGUUUGAAAUCGGGCUCUGUUUGUGAUUAUGUCGAAAGAAACAAUAAAAGAACGAAGCGUGACCAGAAGCUUGCUCAGUUACAAGAGCAAGGGUCUCAAGGAGUCACCAAGACUAAUUCACCUGUACUGAAUAUCGGCAAAGAUGUGAAAAUGGAUACUUCUUAUCACAAACCGGUGUCCAUAAGCUCAAUGCUUUUAAAGGAUAUGAAUGAAGAAAACGUGAGGAUUAAUAGAACAAAGGUUUCUGGAGAACAAUCUAUAGAACUUCUUGCAUUGAAAUCAACGGAACUGACUUCUAUGAAUAACCCAAAAGAAGAAUUUAUGACAAUGAAACCUAUAGAAGACGAAGAAUUACCAAUGAUUUUUAUCUCUAAUUAUUUUUCAAACUAUGAGCAUCGAUAUCCAUUUAUUAACAAAAAGUUGUUCUUGGAAGAAUUCAAAAAGAUUGAUUUUAAAAAUGAGGCGAUCAUAACAUUGGAAGUUUAUUUGAUAAUGAGUAUUGGCUGUUUGAUUUAUGAUUCCGGAAAGGAAAAUCGACUCUUUGAUUCGUAUUUUAGUGAGAAGGUCAUCAGAGCGAGCCUUGAAGUCUUGAAUUAUAAUAUAAAUAGUACGACAGAAGAUGACUUGGAAAAUAUGAAAAUACUACUUUUACUCACUAUAUACAGCUUGAAUGUUUCAAAUGAAAGUCUAUGUUGGAGUUUGGUAGGAAUUUUGGAUCGUCUUGUUAUCAAAUUGGAUCUUUUCAAAAACAGUUCUACAGUAAUAAAAGAGAGAAUCUUUUGGUCAACUUAUAUCCAAGAUAAGGAAUUGAGUCUUUUGCUAGGCAGGCCGAGUCAGCUUCCUAAUGAUUCGUUCAUCGGCUUAAGUCCAGUGCUAUCAUCAGUCUUUUACGAAGGUGAAGAAAUCGGCAUUAUCAAUCAAAUAGUGAAGUUUUCUCAACUUCAAAGCUCUCUAUUAACCCUCAAGUUUACUGUCACUUCAUUAAGUGAUGAGAUAAAGAGUGAGCAAUUAAAAGAAUACUCAAGAAAAAUCGAAAAUUGGCGCAUUGAAACGAGUUCGGUAAUUCAGAAAACGAUAUCCCAAACUGUUUUCUUGAAGGAUCACAUCACGUUUAUCAACAUGGACUAUUUUUAUCUCCUUAUUGAAUUAGAUCAAUUAUCCUCGACUGAAUCGUUUCAAUUCACCCUUCAAUUUCUUUCUAAUUCUUUUACGUUGCUUCUUAAUGACAAUUCAAAGACAAACAUAGAAAUAUCAUUGAAUAAUUUGUACUGGUACAAGAAAUUAUUCAAUGUUAUCCUUUUCAAUCUUGAUUCCUUAGAUGGUAUCAUAACAGUAUGUUCUUCUGAGCAAAAUUCAGUUGAGUUGACCUUAAAAUUUGGCGAAUGCUAUGGAAACUUACAACUAAUUGUUAAUAUUAUGAGAUAUGCUCAAUCUAGAUCCCGGGGUUUUCAAGAAAGAGUCAUAGAGAGUUCUGAUUUACUUGAAGAUCUAAAUAAGUCAUGCUCUGCUGUUAAUAUUUCUGAAACUAGUGCGGAAGAGAAAUCUGCAUUAUCAAGAGAAAUAUCGAACUUGAGAAACCACAUGAGAAGAAUACUCUAA